AAAAAGAGUGAACAAAUUGAAACCUCAGAAAUUGGUAGUGUAAUUUUUAGAACCUCAACGGUUUUUAUGAAAAACACGACAAAGUGCUGAUGAAUUAAAAUGCCUAGAAAGGCCUUCAAGCAUAAUUUUCCUCUUCUUUUCUUGUUCCUUUAACUAUUAUUCCUCUAUAACAAUUUGAGGAGUGCCAGCAACUUUUGCACUAACAUUUGCAUUUGGACAUUUUCACUUCUUCACCUGACACGUGUUAGGAUGCAAGAAAAAAAGAGAUGAUCAUGUACUAAUAUGAGCUAUUUGGAUGCAGGAAAAGAAUUAUGUUUUGUUCUCAAAUUCCAAUAUGAUCCACAUAAUAUGUGCUUCCUCAAUGCAUAAACACUACCUUAAUGAAGCUUACGAUGCCAUUUGCUUCGUCUUCAAAUCGGAUCCAAGGGAAUUUAGGGGAUAAUCAAUAUAUUAAUCCUAGACAAGCAAGGGAAUGAAAAGAGCUUACCCAAACCGCGUUCCGUCUCUUCCAAGGAUUACAGGUUUCCUGUGACCUACAAAUGUAUCAGACUUUAUCCUCCAAUGUCAAGAAGAAAAGAACAUAUGCUCUUUAACUUGGAUUACAAGCACCCUCCUUUGAUAUUCCUUCUUUUCCCUUUAUUCUCCUCCUCAUAUAAACAACUAGUGCAACCCAAUUCAUUUAAAAAUCUGAAGUCCAUCUAAUCCUCAGACGGAGAAAUGUGCGAAACAAAGAAUUUCUACUGCUGGGCUUUGCAAUUUCUAGCUCUCCUGGGACUCCUAGCCCUCUGUCUAUGGCUGGCCUUACGUCCAAAGGACCCUGUGUAUACCAUUGUUGAUAUCAACAUCCCAAAAUCCGAUUUAGAGGACGGCGCAAACAAUGGUUCUAUCUUAUAUGCCCUUCAAAUUGAAAAUAGGAACAAAGACUCCAGUAUUUUCUAUGAUGAGACAGUUUUAACGUUCUUGUAUGGGUCAGAUAGUGUUGGGGAGAAACAUAUACCGGCUUUUCAUCAAGGAAGAGGUAAAACCCGUCAAGUGAUUGAUUAUGUAGAUGUCAAUGCACGAGUUUGGAAAACUAUCCGCAAGUCCCUAUUGAAUGCAACUGCAGAAUUGAAGGUGGCUUUGCUUUCUCGGGUUCGGUAUAAAACAUGGGGAGUGAAGAGUAAGCAUCAUGGGCUAGACUUGCAAGGUAAAUUAUCAAUUGGUUCAGAUGGUAAGAUUUUUGGUAAGAAGAAAAAAAUUAAGCUAGGCCAUUCUUCCAAGAAAUGGAGAAGGAGCAAUAGCCGACGAUUACUAGAUUAGAUGUUUUCUUGUAAACUUACAAUAUGGCUCACCUUACUUUCACAUUGUUGCUUAUAAUAUACUCAGAAUUGUUCCAAU